AUGAGUGAUUGGAUCGCUCGAAACAGGCUGGAAACGGAGAAUAAAUCUCUGAAAGUGGACUUGACGAAUGCGCAAAAGGAACUAGGUCAACAAGCGCCGAUUGAGGAAAAGAACAAAGACCUUAGAGAUCAGAUCAAAAGCUACAAGAGCAAAAUGAAACAAUUCACAGUCAUGUUCGAGGAUGCAGAGAAGAGGGCCCGUGAAAAUGAAGAGAAAGUCGCAACUGAACGUGCUGCGAAAGAGAUGAUGGAACGUUGCCACAAAGCCGAACUUACUGAACGAGAGAGCGAGGUCGUAGGAGUCAAGAGUCACAACAAGGAGUUAGAACAGACUGUUGCUGAACUACAAGCUAGCAUCGACAUGUGUUGGUGGCAUAGACUCAGGGACUGGACGCAAGGGUUUUGGGAGAGCUAUACGUCAGGAUCUUGGAUUAGUAUUCCAGAUGGAACGGAUGAAGAUGUUGGUCUCAAGCUUAAGGAAACAUAG